CCCAACCUUCGUGUCUUUGGGCUACACAGCCACCGAAGGGAUCCUCCGACUUGCUAGUAUCGGCAAGGGAAACUUUCUAAGAGGGGAACAUGAGCAGUCGAAUGACCGUCGAACAGCUCCGGGGUGCGCUUAAUAAACUUGGUUUCUCAACCAAAGGCCACAGGGAGGACCUUCGCAAACGUCUAAAACGGGCUCAAAAGGAUAUUGCCAUCUUGGAGCAGAACUUUGGCAAGGAAUCUGUGGAACAGACUAGCUUUGAGCCACAGGUUGUGGGCACAGACGACGGUGACGGUGGGCAGACCGGUGGUGGACCAACGUCUCAGUCAACCGCUGCGAACAAUACGCAAGUCCAACAGGAGCAGCAGCCUUUCACGCCCAAGAUCACUACUUUCCUCGUUUGUGACAUCGAGGCUACAUGCGAGAUCACUCCUUGGCUAGAGCUGGCACCAGGUGCAGCCGGUGAGAGAGGAGAGACUAUCGAGCUUAAACAGCCCAGCAGUCGAAGCCAAGCAAAGAAGGUCAACCGCGACUACCCGAACGAAAUCAUCGAAUUUCCUGUUGUCGUAUUGAGAUGGGAUGCCGACGCGCAGGAAUACAAGCAGGGCGAUGUCUUUCACUCUUAUGUCAAGCCUAUUUGGCGGCCCCGUCUCAGCAAGUUCUGCCGCGAUUUGACUGGUAUCACGCAACAACAAAUCGAUAUAUCACCAACAUGGCCGAUUGUGGAAGGGAAACUCUAUCGUUUCCUGCGCGCACAAGGCGUCCUCGAGAAUCCCUGGUCAUGGUACGACUUUGAAGACGGAUCUGAGGACGAACGGACUUGCAGCGACACCGACAUUGAAUCUUGGGACCGCUCUCGCUUCCGUUUGCGUGCAGGAGCAGCGUGGGUGACACACGGGCUAGCGGACCUGCACAAUUUCGCUGCGAAGCAGUCCUGGAUCUCGGGCGCACAUCCAUCUGCCAUGUUCGCCGCGCGAGACCCUCGGUCGAAAGAUGCCAAGGGGGCUUGUAGGCCGCCCAUGUGGCUUCGCGGGCCGCUCUUAGAAAUCCGAAAGUCUAUUGCGUUGCUCGAAUGUCUCGGCUUAAAUUCGAACCAAAGCACAUCGAACCGAGAUCUGACGAUCGAUGGUUUGCUCAAUCAAUUGGGACUCGGAACUUUUGAGGGUAGGCAUCAUUCAGGCAUUGAUGAUGCGAAAAAUAUUGCAAGGCUUGUCAUCGAGGUCGGCAAGCGGGUCAGAGACUGCAAAGUCGGCGUAGAGAAGGCCACCAAUGACGUUGAAGGCAAAGUACGGCCGAAUAGACGUGGCAAAUCGGCGACCAUAGGAAGCGAGGCCGCCGACGCGACAAUUCCAGUGGAUGGCUUGCUAAAGGCAAACGAUGGCACUCAUUCGUCACCAUCGCAAGGCGCAGCGGCAGGACUGCGAGCAGCAUCAGCGAAGGUCAAAGGCGUUCCGCACAAACGUCGCAAUGUGGGUCGAAAUGAAGUGGAGUACAAUUGUUUGCUCCCGAACACAGACUACAGCGCAGUGGGCGACCAAAAAUGGCACUGGAUGGGACGCAAAAAAGGCCAGAUCAUCUGGAAGCAUCCGAUGGACCCGACAAUGUUUGUACAUUAGUCAUGCUGCUCGCACACGAAGUUCCAGAGCGUGUUCAGAAGCUUUUCUCGUCCUAUCGACAGUAUAUAUUUCUUCGAAGGGCAAGGGCUCCACAACUCAAUGCGCCUGAGCCGACUCUUCAAACGUCAGGAGAUUGGUACCGGUGAAGAAGCCGUUGAAGUCGAGCCUGAGCGACAAUUGCGUUAGAUGUUGACGAGCAGCAAGACCCAUCUGCAGUCGGG